UUAAUGCCACUAGCUGCCCCAAGGAUAUGGGGGCAACGGUCCAUACGUACAUGAUUGAAGGAGUAUGGGCAAACAUCCCUAUGUUAUCUCACGAAACUGCAUUUUCGACCAUAAAAAUGAUGACUCAAAACGCAGAUAGGAACCCCGCCAAAGCCAACAACCUUCCUUGGGAAGAGAGAAAUGGAUAAACCCCAUGACCCAUUUACCCAUUUCUUCAUCCUUUAUAUAUCAACUAAUGAUUUCUCUGGGAAUUCCAUCCUUCUGCAUUGAAAGAGAUUCAGAAAUGGCAGGGACAUUCUCCAGAGGAGCACAAACCAUGAAUUCCGUGUUCUUCAAGCCCGUGCUCCGGAAAGCCUACCACAGGAAGAGUUCAGCCGACACGAUGCGGGACACGGUGAAGCUGGAACGUGAAGAAGUGAAGACCAAAAGCCACGCCGGGAGCAGCGAUGGGGGAUGCUGGGUUCCGCAUGAGCAGACCGGCAUAUACUGUCCCAAGGGCCAAGAGAAGGUGAUCGACGAUGUCCCUCCUGGCGCGGUGAAGGAUCUUGGCAUCAACUGGAUUUCCCACAAUGGGGAAGAUCUGAUUUAGCAGGAAUGACACCCUCGUCACGCUUUAAUAGUUACAUAAAUAGACUCGAGAUUGUCGUCAUGGACUACAUCCUUCAUCCUUUCUUUCACCUCGCUUUGAUCAUGAAUGCAACUUAAAAAAUAA